AUGGAUUCCUACGACUCAUCAGAUGACACAAACGAUGUCGACGACGAGUCCGAACACGACAGGAUUGAUUUCUCCUUUUUCACAUCACUCCUUACUGCCAUCGCCCAAGUUUCAUCGAACAAGAGUGCAAAGGUACCCCGUUACAAGGCAGAUUAUCCGGCCUUGAACAAGUUCCGUCUCUGGGUUGACGCGUUUCGGAAACGCUACCCCAAUCCCGCCAAGGGUACCACGGCAAUUAUUUUCCGACUUCUGUUUCCCGAGGAAGACGUCCGUCGCAAGUAUGACAUGCAAGAGAAGCGGCUGGCUCAAGCCCUCGGCGAUGCCCUUGCCACUUCUGACCCUCGUUUACUCAAAUGGGACCAGGACGGUGCUUCUGGGUGUCUUGGGGCAGAAGUGCGGCAUGUCAUGAACCAGACUUCGACAAUUGACCCAGAACAACCUAGUCGUCUGACAAUAGAUGAAGCCGAUAUUGAGGCGGAAGAGGAGCCACAUAAUUCGCGCGUUAUAUUCAAGGCUGUCCGCCGUCGAUGCUUCUUUUCUUACGCAGAUCAUCCUGAAAGAUCUCCGUCCGCUCUCAGUAAGGAGGAUGCUAUGAAAAUAUGGGAUCCCACCAAGUCUAUGCUUCAGUCUUAUAGCUAUGCCGCAACUCUGGAGGACGCAGCUGCCGCUUUUGAAAACGGAGUAACCAUCUCCGCACCGAAACUGGGUAUUCCAAAAUCUUUGAAGGGCCAAGGAUGCUCGCAUGCUCUCUCCCUCCUUCGAUCAGCCAAAGUGGUUUGGGUGGAAACCAAAUAUGAUGGCGAACGUGCACAGAUUCACGUCGAGGUGUUACCGAGCGGUAUACCCAAUAUCACUAUAUUCAGCAAGAGCAAACGCGAUUCCACACAGGACAGAGCUGCGGUCCAUUCUAUCGUCGUUGAUGGUCUCGGGCCUGAUCUUAAAAGAGGUCGGAUCAGGAACGCCAUACUAGACGCCGAAAUGGUUGCACACAAUGGAGAGCGCAUCGAUGAAUUUUGGAGAAUUCGAAAGCUCGUUGAAAACACAGCUGUUGGUCCUCGUGCUAGAAAAAGGCCGUCUGUCAUCUCGGAAAGCCAGUCUUCGCUCCUAUCUGAUGAUGGCAACGAGGAACGCCACCUUGCCCUUGUCUUCUUCGAUGUACUCUAUCUCAACUCAGUGUCCUUACUUUCUUCGCCUUAUAGAGAGCGGCGAAAGAUUUUAGAAUCGAUAAUUCAACCUAUACCCGCCUAUGUGAUGCUCUCUGAUCGGAUUCCGAUUCUAAUGCAUAACCCUGAAGAAGCCGAGGCCAAGUUUCGCCAGGUGUACGCAGAAUCAAUUGCGGAUUAUCAAGAAGGAGUCGUUCUAAAAGCCGACGAUGGUGGCUAUAAUAGAGUAGGUCAUCCUUGGGUCAAAUUGAAACGAGACUAUAUUCAAGGUCUAGGAGACACAGUCGACUUAGUGUUUCUUGGUGCUGGGUGGGCCAAAGAUCGUGGUCGAGAACUUAAUGUUCCAACGGAUACUUUCACAACAUUCUACAUCGGUACUCUCACAAAUUCUGAAGAGCUAAAGUAUAAUCCCGAUGCGCGACCACACUUUCUCGUCCACUUCGUAGCUGAGUAUGGAUUGAACCGUGAUACACUAGAGCACAUCAAUUUCUGUAUCAAAAGUUCUGAACCGGUUCCAUAUUCGUUAUCCCGCAAGUCCGAAGCAGACUUGCCAUAUUUGUUUGAGUUAUACAAAGGUUUACAUCCUCCAUCAUUUCUUUUGCGAUGCCCGUUACUAGUAGAAGUCAUGGGAGCCAAUUUCACGAAAUCGGAGGGCUCUAAAGAAUACGAAUUGCGCUUUCCUAGAAUCUUGAAGAUCUAUCGGCCAGCCGAACGAUCUUGGAGAGACGGGGUCAAUCGCCAGGAGCUUCGUAAGAUCGCGAGGAAAGCUGUUGGUAGGGAUUCAAAACACAAAGAUAUCGAGGAUGAUGCUAGGACUAUUUGGAAGCUGCCCACAUCCUCCAGCGUGAGAUGCUUGGAAAGAAGGAAGACAACGAUUGUUACGUAUGAGGAGAAGCUCCUCGAGCGAGAUCGCAAACGAAAGGGAAGCUCGUGUUUCGACUCAGCUCCGACCAAGAGGAUGAGGAAAUCCGAUACAAUCCCUGCUGUUGCUAUCUCCUCACCACGAUCUCCUUUGCGCAUGGCUACAAACAUCAUGCAUCUUUCUUCACCCAUACCUGGUACGCCGUCUCUCCAAUCACCAGAAUCGCAACCUACGAAAGUCCCUCUGUCAUCUUCGCCCCAAUUCGAGGUCAAUUCCGAGUCCAAGUUUUUGCAAGAAUCCCUCGUCUUCUUUGUCGAAUCUCCUUCUGACAGUCUUCCCUUUGCACGUCCGUGGAAGAAGCUUGUUCCGCACCAUUGCCGUGUCCAUGCCCUGAGCUCUUUGUUUGAUGGAUGUGGCUGGCAAACGGCUGGCGAACGGCGCUCAUCGCCGUGGGCUAAACGAGGCAUAAUUUUCGUUGACAAGGGCCGUUCCGCAACAAGAGACUGGGAGGCAUACAUUUAUGAGAACAUCGCCAAACGCAAACUACCUUUGCCAACGAGAAAGCCGAUCUGGAUAUUUGAUGGUUCUUCGCCAGUGUCGAUUCUCAAACGACAGGCCUUACAUGUUUUCUCAUAG